ACAACACCACUCGUCACGUGCAACAUAAUGUAUUCUAAUUUAUGCAAGCUUAAACAUGACAAUAGCCGAGUGCGCCUUAUAACCGAGAAACUACGGGUAUAAUUCGAAUCCAGGAUCUCCUUCAAGAGGACAGUAAAUUCCUGUCCUUAAAAAACUUUUGUUAUAAGUUUAAGCUCAAAAUGCCCUUCACCCUCUACUUUGGUCUUAUUAAUGCUAUCUCAACUUCUUGGAGGUUAGUAUCUGAAAAUCCUCCUUCCCGAUGCCCAGAAAGUGAGGAAAAAGAAGAAAUCAUUUCCACCAAUUAUGUGUACAACUUGCUGUUGAAGAAAUUCUUCGUACCACCUACUGCUGAUCACCCCACAAACCGUCCGAAAAGUGUACGAAUUACAUUUCCAGAUCAAGUGUGACAUUAAAAUAACAAUGUUUCAAUAUAAGAUAAGACACAACAUUCUGGCAACUAAAAUGUCUCUUUCUAGAGCCAAAAUGUCUGACAACGAUGUAUGUCUUCAAUGCUUGGCUGAUACACACUCCCUAGAUCAUACAUUCUUAAGCUGCUCUUCCGUUAUAGCCUUUUGGAAGACCUUUCAAUACUGGUGGACAAAUAAAACAAAACAGCAACUAGCAUUAUCAAAUAGCAAACUAAUAAGAACUUUAUAAAAUUAUUACUAUCAGAGUAUGUAUCGAUCAUUGCUUUUACAAGUUUGGUGGCCCCUAAAAGAGUUGUUUUUGUUCAUAAGCAUAAGCUUAUGUUCCUUGCUGUUAAACAGUAUGAAACCUUCAUUAAAAAAUAUUUUAACCAGUUUAAGGUCGCCAUUCCAGAGCAGCUAAAUGUUGUGCAGCAGGGAAUCUCCAUUUCACCAAAAAGCUGUUUACAUUGUCACACUGAGUGACAUCAAUUAGUAUCAAUUUAUCGACCACCUGGACCCCAAGAGUGAGAUCUUGAUGAGCUUGAAAAAUCUCUGUCUUGUCAUCAAUCCAGCGGAUCUUGUCCACGUAUUAUUCUUACUGGUGAUUUUAACAUUAAAGAUAUUGCAUGGCAUCAGUCAUCAUUGUCUUCAAGUCCACAAUAUGGCCUGUCCUUGAACCAAAAGAUGUUAGCUACAUUGAUAACUUUGCUGUUUCCCAAUUGGUAUCAUCUCCAACUAGAGGUGAAUCAAUGCUAGAUCUUGUUCUAACUAGCCAUUUUGACUUAGUAAGCAAUCUUCACAUACACUGUAGGGGAGGGGAUAAGUGACCACUCAGCUAUAUCCUUUGAUCAAAUCUGUCAUUUAAAGUCUCUAAUGAGAAACCAAGAACUGUGUUUAAAUUUGACAAGACUGAUUUCAAUGCAGUGAAAUUAGAUGCUAUCGAGUUGAAUAGAGCCUUCUUUGUGAGAAAUCCAUUGGAAUGUUCUAUUGAAGAUAAUUGGCAAUUUUGUAAAGCAGGGCUGAUAGAAAUUGUAUGUAAGAGAGUCCCUAGAAAGAAACAGGGUACAUGGGCUGACACUCCAUGGAUCACAAGAGAUUUAAAAAGACUGCUGAGAAAGAAGAAGAGAUUGUACAACAAUUUUAAGCAAUUAAACAACCCAGCUCACAAACAGAAAUAUCUUCAUUUUCAAAAGCAGUUGAAGGUGAAAAUAUGCAAGGCUCAAGAUGAUUUCAUAGCAGAAACAUUGAACAUUAACCCUGAUGAUAAGUUUUGAUCUUACAUUAAGUCUUAGAGACAGGAACAGAUAGGGGUUCCAUCCCUAAAAAGUGAUACAGGACUUAAGGUGGAUAGCCUUAGCAAAGC